AUGUCUUCCCGCGACGGCGUCCUCGCCGACUUUGCCGCCCUUCGUGAUGAGCUAGACGACCAUAACGACAGGAGGGAGCGCAUCAUCAAGGCGAGCCGGGACAUUACCAACGCGUCGAAGAGAACAAUUUUUCUGCUCCAUCGCCUUGUGACGGAGGACGUGGCCGAGGGUGCUUCACCCACCAAGAGGGCUGCGGAUGGUGCCAAGGACAAGUUGGCCGACAUCCAGCGCUUGUUCGCAGGCCUACGUGAAGAUCUCCAAAACGAGCGUUUCUGGCGGUACAAGCAAAAUAUCUCUGGCGGUCUACAGGAAUACAUAGAGGCCCUCAGCCUGGCCCAUUAUUUCGAGCAUGGCAACCUAAUUCCCUAUGAGACCGUCCAAAAGACUCUGACAGGCGAAGAUGGCAUUAUGUACUUGCCUUUGCCUGUGGAUGACUACCUGCUAGGAAUAUCGGAUCUGACGGGAGAACUCAUGCGCUAUGCCGUCUCCGCCAUCUCCCGGAAAAGUGGUCGCGCGAAAGCUUCGGAAGUCUGCGGUUUCGUAAGGAACAUCAAAGCAGAUUUUGAGGGUUUCACCCCGCACAUCCGAGAGCUGCGCAAGAAGCAGCGAGUCACCGCGAGUUCAUUGCAAAAGAUAGAGGAUGCCGCCUACGCGAUCACGGUACGCACCGCCGAAUAUGAUCUUCCGCAGGAAAUGCUCGACGAGAUUGUCUCGCAAUGUAUCUCGGAUGUGGGAGGCUCCGCCGCACAGGCGGCAGGACUAUAUGCAGAUCGACGACGACUAUUGACGCGCGCAUCCUUAGACGUUCACAGCGCUCUCAUCUCCGACCCACCAUCCAUCGUUCACAGUGCAAAUUGA